AUGUCUAUUACAACACCUACAGAAGGAGCAGCAUGCAAGGCAGACAUUCUAGCAUCCGUCGGCAAAUCCCUUCGUUGCGUCGCCAACGACCGCUACGUUCGAGAUACGGAGGCGAUCAACACUUCAGUAUUGCAAGAUCUACUCCCCAAGGGAAGAUUCAAAACCAUAUGCGUCAAUAGCCUUGGACGGGCCAACCGCCUCCGCUUCGCCCACCUCAGCAAUUCGACCGACCUUCACACCUCGAUCUCCUAUUUCCAGACAGCCAUUUCUUUGGCCCCAGACACGGACAUUGUCAAACCCACCUACCUAAACAACCUCAGCGGAGCCGUCCAAACGCAGUUCACCCGCCUCUGGCGAAAAGCAGACAUUGACAACAGCACUGCCUUCCUUAACAAAGCAAUCCGCCUUCUCGCUGACGACCACCCAUUCAAACCAGCAUUCCUGAGCAACCUUGGAGAGUCAUACCUUAAACGACACAACAAGCGUAGAGACAUCGAAAGCAUUAACCUCUCCAUCCUAGCUAACAAACAAGCCAUAGCGCUCACUCCCGAGAACCAUGCCCGCAAACCGAUCCGACUCUUACACCUCGGCAAAGCCUACCUCACACGAUUCCAAGACCACACAAAGGAAAGAGCCCAUCUUAAAGAAGCCAUGUUGACCAUCUACGAAGUCGUCAGCCUCAUUCCAAACGGACAUCCAUUCAAAGUCGAGUGUCUGACUUGGCUCGGGAUAUGCACGCGCAACCUUUUUGACGCGUUCAGGAUGGUGGCCGGACUUGAAAAGGCGAUUAAUGCUUAUAAACGGGCAGUAAUGUCUCCGUCGGGUGAACCCGCCUUUCGGUACGAAGUCGGGUUCUUAUGGGCGCACACGGCUCGGAUCCGACACGGGCCUUCACAGCAAGCAAUAGACGCUUAUUCUGCGACUCUCGGCCCUUUAGCAGAGCUAGCAUUUUUGUCAGCCUGCCAGACAGCGUCGGGGGGCGGCCGGGAUGAUGGUGGCUGGGUAUAA